CCUCUUCGGGGGCGGAGCCUCUGUCGGCUCCUCCCCUGGGCCGGUCCAGGGGCGUGGCCGAAUAGCCUGCCCUUCCGCAGGGUUGGGCGGGGGUUGGUGCCGCCCACGCGGCUCCUCUCCACCGACCGCAGCCCUGCGCUCGCCCGCUCGCUCUUUCCCGCCGCGAUGCGCUUCAGCAGCCCCCCCCACCGCCAAGUGGCAGGGAGUCCCCCUGGCUCGGCCCCUCCCCCUUCCUCGCCUGUGCCUGCUCAGCCUCCCCCGCCCUGGGAAAGCGGAACUGGCCGACCGGCCCCUGCCCCAAAAGCGCUGAUGGGGCACUUUCCCCCUUUCUCCGUCUCGCCUCCGCGGAGGACAGCGAGCGAGCCCGGCGGGAGCCUCGCCCAGGUUUCUUAUAUUGUCCUAAUCUCUGUGUUACUUACAAAUGGAGCCAGCCAGCUAACGCCAUGAAUCUUGUGGCUGGAAAGCAAAGCAAAAAUCCCCUUGGCUGGCCAGCAUCUUCCGGUUACUAAAGAACAGUGGCAGCCUUGUGGGGAGCUUCCCCACAACCAUUUCCCCCACAACGCUGGCCUGAAAAUGUAGCCUCUCUGAGAUGGGAGGAAGGCAGCGUCUGCAAAACCCCACAUCCACCUGCAGUCCAAGAUAACGUUUCAAAACUUUUUUCAGGCUUCCCUUUGUGACAAGAGAUGGCUCCACUGCUAGCAAAUGGCAGCUUAGAUGAAAACAGUGAGCCUUUCCCGCUGCCUUCCACUUCGGUCAGCUCUCUGGCCAUUUUCUCCAUCACCUUCCUCUUGGGCUUCCCCGGAAACGGCCUGGUCAUCUGGGUGAUUGCCCUGAAGAUGAAGCGAACGGUGAACACGGUUUGGUUUCUGCACCUGGCGAUCGCCGACUUCGUCUGCUGCCUCUCCUUGCCAUUCUCCAUCGCUCAGCUGGCCCUCCACGAGCGCUGGCCCUUUGGCUGGCUUCUCUGCAAGGUUCUCCCCUCGGCCGUUAUUUUCAACAUGUUUGCCAGCGUCUUCCUCCUCACCGCCAUCAGCAUUGACCGGUGCCUCCUGGUGACCAAACCUGUCUGGUGUCAGAAUCACCGGACAGUCAGGCUUGCCUCCGCAGUCUGCGGUGUUAUCUGGAUCCUCGCCUUCCUUUUGUGCUGCCCUUCCUUCUUCUAUCGGGAGACCCUGGAAGAUGAAUUUGGUAAUACCAGGUGCAUGAACAACUGGAAAACAGGGAGACACGAUGAUUACCAGUGGUUGGAUGAUCUGUGGGAUGUAGAAGACACCACCCUUUCGGCCACCGAAAGCACCUACGACCGUGGCUUCCCAGGUGGGAACCUGGAUCCACACCCUUCCUAUCCCACUAUAAACACAACCGAAAGAAUCACCGUGACACCUUUGGUUGUAUCGCACCAUUCUAGAGUCAAGACAGAGGCAGAUUUAAUGAGCCGGCCGGUUACUGUUGCUCCUUCCAUGCUGCACGAGUUUCCCGGGGUCCCUCCGAGUUUACCCACAGCCAGCAUUUCCCAAUUCAAGGAACAACCGGACGAUUAUUUCCCUGAAGCCCAACCGCCCAGCAUCUUUGUGUCCACCACCGUCACCAGAGCUGUGUUUGGCUUCCUGCUGCCUUUUGCGGUCAUGGCCGCUUGCUACGCGCUGAUUGCCCGGAAGAUGCUCAGAAAGCUCUUUGUGGGGCCUCGCCGGAGGGCCCUGCAGCUGAUCCUGCUGGUGGUGGCCACUUUCUUCAUCUGCUGGGCUCCCUACCACGUCACCGGGGUGCUCUUCCUCCUGGCUGCCCCCCAAACCUCACUUCACCAGGCCCUGCUGUGGUGGGACAGUGUGUCCGUUGCCCUGGCUUAUGCCAACAGCUGCAUCAAUCCUCUUCUCUACGUCUUCGUGGGACAACCUUUCAGGAGAAGGGUCUGCCAGACGGUGCAGGAGAUGUUUGAGGGGGCCUUUGCUGAGCCCUCCUCGCCAGUCUGUUCCCAGGACAAAAGGCAGACCACCACGGUUGACAAUGAGGUGGACGUUUCUGUUUCGGUCCUCUAACGCGGCUCUUCCGGGCGGCCAAAGAUUUGGGGACGUCUCUAGUCAAGCAAGAAAGGGGAGGCUAGCUUGGCUUACAACCUGCACUUUUUCCACUAGGCUUUUGCGUUUCUUUUACCUGGGUUAUUUUAAGCGGCUUAUACCUCUAGCGUGCAAGCUAUGAGUAUUUUUAAAAUAUUUUUUAGAUAUCUUUAAAAAAGAUGAGCAAAUGCUCACCAAGAAGAUACAUUUCUUCAGGUGUCAGUAUUUCUACAGCUGUCUUGUUUCAUCAAGCGCAGGCAAAGUUUGGCAGGUUAUUCAGCCAGGAAGAGGUCAGAAACUGAGGAUGGAAGGAGGGGGCUGGAGCUGAAAGCUCUCUCCUUUUGCCCCCCCUCCCCCCGCCCUGGCACAAGGGACCCCACCCUGCCAACCUGCACUCCUGUAGCAGUUGGGCUGGGAGCCUCCUCCGAGAUGCACCUUCCCAGAGCUUGGUUCCCAUUGAAACGCCUCCCAGUCCCAAUUGGCCCGUGCAGAGGCCAUGUUGCACCUUCAGGGAUUGCUAGGAUGAGGAUUCUGGGGGGUGGGGGGGUGAGAAAUACUUUUCAUACAUUGGGGACAGUUUCUCUUAUAGUGCUUCUGGGCUGCAUCAGAAAUAAACAACAUGGAACUC